GCAAAAUACUUUGGCCUGUCUGUCCUAAUGUCUAAAUCCUCUACAAUUGGAUUGCCUAAACUCUGAAUAAAUUAUAAACACAGGGGGUGUAUAGCAUGAGCAAUUUUGUUCCUACUUGGUAGUUUGAAGACAUUAUACAUUUCACUGAUGAAGAUGUAUGCUAUCACAUCUUUCCUCUUUCCCUUCGCGUAGAAUUCGCCAAAUUCAUCUCUAUCUCGCAAUUGUACAUUUCUUAAUUAACCAAUAAGCUUGCACAUAUUUAUCCCUAACAGAUACAAUCAGCUACAUUACUAAGCUAGCCCCCAUGAUUUGACCAAUUCAUGCCCCACACUCACCACUUCAUGAUGUCAAAUCUACUAGGAGUGAAUUUCUCCGCCUUAUUUAUCAAUCACAUAUGAAUAUUAUGGAUGUAUAAAUUCUGGCGAAGAAAAGGAAUGCACACUAAUACAUAUCCUCUGUCAUACUGUUACUCUCUUUCUAAUCAUUACAACUAAAAAUAGGAUAUAAUAGAACUUCCAUUGAGAGGAUUACAUAAAAUGCUUAGCUAUAUCAAAUUUCAGAUGGAAUAAUAAUAAGGUUGACCAUUUUAUUCUUCAGAAAAGAACGAAUCUAUUCAUUACACCAAAGUAUGUUCAUUAUCCGAUUGGCAUCAGAUGCAUUAUCAUCGCUGUCAGAGGCAGAACAAAAUUUAAUUCAUCUAACUGACGGUUCACCGCCCACCUCACAGUAUGAAUUGAUUAAGAAAAAGGAGAUCUUACAAAACUCCAAUGAUACCAUGAAAGCUUUGCAUAGCAUAAAGCGUGUACACAGACUGAUUGAAGAGGAGUUAAUGACGGAGUAUGAUAUGAAGACUAUGGCUAAAACAGAAAGGAACAAUAAUCAUACCAAAUUGUCACGAUAUCGUGAAAAAGAUCAAUUCUGCACACCAUACAGUAUUCAGCAGAAUAAAAACGACUCCAAUGUAAGAAGGAAUAGUAUUGACCGCUCAGUUGUAACACCGAAGAAAUGCUCAUCAGCAACCAGUCUGUUGUAUGAUUUAUUAUCUGGUAAAGAGAAUUUCCAUUCAGUAUAUAUGAGAAGUCAGUUAGUGUUUGCAACAUGUGAUAAUACUCAGUCCGCUAACAAGUCAGAGAAUGAAGACUUUCAUACUAAACGCAAAAUACGCAACCAACCUACUGGAAGGAGACGUAAAUCACUUAGACCAACAAAACACUGUCCCACUUCAUGCAAACCAGGAACGUCGAUUGAGACAAACACACAACAUCUUCACUAUGAUCGAUCAACUGAGAAAUUCUCUUCGUCUUCAUCACCAUCAUCAUCACCUUCAUCAUCAUCAAUGCUCAGCCCUUCAAAUAUUAGUGUGUUUACACACUAUCAAACAUCUCCGAUAAAGUUAUUCGAUAAACAUGAAUGCUUGACUAAUAAUCAUACUUUACAUUCCCAGUCACCAGUUGAUUGUUGUUCAACAGUACCUAGUGUCAGUACUCCAGAGUGUUUUGAACAACCACUUGAUUUAUCCUCAACAUCUCGUUCUUACCGCUUAUGCUUAUCGAAUAAUCUACCUCAUCAAUCUGGUGUGAUAGCACCGAAGCGAAGGCGAAGUUUUGCCGGUGACGUCGAUUAUACUUCUCGGUUGUCCGAUGGGAUUCAGUGUACUACUCAAAGACAUAAUUCAAUCACCCUGCCUUUGUUAUCCUCAAAAACUAUUUCUACUUUUAGUAAUAAUAGUACUCCCAGUUGUAGUAGUAGUAGUAGUGGUAGUUCUGCCAUCCAUUCUAGUGACAGUAAUUCCAGACCUGAAAGUAAACCAUCAGAAGCAUCCGUCCAUAGGUCUGAUGGACAAGUGGAUACUGUAGAUAAUGCUGUGACCUUAACGAGCCCUUCAACAGCAAAUUUUUUCGAUUUCAUCUCCUCGGAAUGUUAUGGUGUAGCGUUAUCAGCUGCACUUGCUGUGUGUGCAUCUUCAGUCUUGCAGUCAAUUGCUAGUGCACCAAACUAUAAUAAUAAUGAUAAUAAUAAUUUGUUGAAUUCAUGCAACAGCGAGAAAAUAGCAUAUGAACUGGCCUAUGAAUUACUUACCUCAUUAUCUAAUUCCAGUGGAACAAUCUCAGGUAUCAAAAAGGCAAGUGAAUCAUUACGUCUGAUGAAUUCAAAGCAGCCCCCUGAUGAUAUAUCGACUACUUCCAAUGUUAUCAAUCCACAAGAAUGUAAACAAAAACUUUUAUCACCUAAAUUAAAGUCAAAACUAUUGUUCAAAUCAAUUUCUUUAUCAAAAUGUAAAACCGGUGACAAAUCUUUAUCUAAAUUAAACUCAUUUAAAAAGAGUACUUAUCGUAGAACAAUUUCCUUGCCCAAUCGACCAUUGAAUCAACAUUCCAAUCAUACUAAUAAUCAGGAUCAUAUUGAUUACGAUAGAGAUAUAACUAGACAUUCCUUCACUUCUUCACCGAUAAAACCUUAUAGUCAAGAUUCAAUUUUUCUACACAAAAGUUUCCAUCAUUACAAACACCAAAUAAGACAAUGGUUUAUACAGAUGAUUAAUUUAGUAAAACAACCUGAAGUUAGCAUAAUUUCAUUACUUCAAAAUAACAUUGAAAAGACAACAAUGAAAGAGUCAAACUUUCGUAUUGAAAAACAAAUGACACAUUUACUAAGUUCAUUCAUUUUACGAAUAUUAUGUCAAUCAAUUGACAUAAGAUUUAAACUGUUAAAUAUGUCAUGGUAUCGAUUAUUAGUAGUAUAUUUAAUUGAAUAUCAUCAGUUAGAACUAUUGACAAUUGAUUCACCAUUGUCAUCAUCAUCAUCAUCGUCGUUUGAUGGAAAUGAAGUAAAUGAUGAGAAAUUGAUAGUUAGUCGAAAAUUUGGAAGAAAAUAUUUAAUCAAUAAUAAAGAAGUAAAAUCAGACAAAAAAUAUAAUGAAAUGUUGAAUUUAUUUCAUGAUAUUCAGAUUGUUGCAUCAAUGUGUUAUUCAUUGGAAUUUAAUCAUUCUGUUUACAACUUAAUUCGAAUUGGUUUAUUGAUUAUUGGCGAACGAUCAGAACCACAGUAUACCAGUAAUGUCCAGCUGUUAGAACAGACGCUUCUUGAAUACGUGGCUAACUCAACAAACAUCAGUGAUCAGCCCAACUCUGACUCUGCGUUGAGAGGUUGUAGAACAGGAACGGUUUCUCCUCCUUCUACUCCUUCUCUUCCUACUACUACCACUACUCCAAUCAAGAAUCUCAACACCCCCACUAACACCACUACUACCAGCAGCUUUAAUUGCGGCCAUGAGGGGAGCAGUAGUAUUGGUAGUAACAGCACUGUAACACUGACACCGGCUAUGACACAUACACUCUUGCAGAAAUUAAUAAAAAUCCCCAAAGAUGCAGUUAUCUUCCUUCUGUCUAACCAGCUAGGUGAUUCAAUUGAAAGUCUGUUCAAUAAACUUCUGGAAAUCUCAAAAGUAUAGUUCAAUAUUCCAAGAAUUUGUUUUCAAUAAUUUCUUUUUUUGUCUUGUCAGUUUCGUGUAUUUUUUUCACCUCCAAUUUAUUUUCGAGUGUUUAUUAUUAUGCUUAUUAUUAAUUGUUAUUCCUUUUGUUAGUAAUAAUAUCAAACACAUGCUGAUAUUCUUUUCUGUGUGACGUACACAACAGUAUUGUGAUCUAUUAUUAACUUGAAUGCGCCCCGAGUAAAUCUUUAAAAUAAAAACAAGUAAACACAAAAGCAUGCAUUGAAUACAUUGAAUUAUACAUAUAUAUAUAUAUAUAUAUAUAUAUAUAUAUAUAUAUAUAUAUAUAUAUAUAUAUUGAUAUGCUUACUUAACUGAAUCACACGUUUCCGAACAUUCUACCUCAUUUAUGUUCAAUUUCUUCCUCGUUUUAUCAUUUCUUGUUGUUGUCUAAACCACUUGUUUUGAAAAAUGUUUUUUCCGUAUUAUUUCUAGCGUUCUUUAAAGUUUUCUUCAUAAAAAGAAAAGACCACACGAGAAGUUAGUUGUGUAAGAAGAGCAGGUUGUGUUGUAUUCAUCAAAUGCAUCAUGACAAAUCAUUUUUCAUGUAUUUCCAUUCAAAUUACACCGUUCAUAAAUUCUUAUAAUUUCUUCUUGUUUUUUUGAUCAAAAUGAAACAACCGGUGAAAUCGAAUACUGACAGAAAGCAUAGUUUACACUGUAUCUGUGUCAAAAUAAUUCCUCAUUUCAUACUCAUGGAUAUGGAUUUAGUGAUCUGAUGACUUUUCCAACCUGUUAUUACUAUCUUUUGUUAUUUUCCCUUAAAGUUUAAUUUAUUUUUCCAGCUUGUGUUACAUACUACUAUUAAAUAAAAAGUAGUAACCUUCACUGCAGACAUUCGGAGUUGGUUGGAUAAAUCUUUCGUUCUUUUAUAGAUCUCGAUGUUUGCAUAAGAUUUCUUCGCUUCAACUUUUGUUUUGUUUAUAAUGAUAACUACUCAUUACAACUGUUUUUCUUCUUUGUUCCGAUUGGUUUUUUUCUCUGUAUUUACUCUUUGUUUGUUUUUGUUUCGUGUUAAUUAUUUUUCUGAAAAAAAUUUCAUAUGUAUUGAAUUAUAAUUUUCAG